GCUUCCUCAGCGUUCGUUCGCUCCAGCGUUCCACCGCAUUCCUGUGCACUUGCCAGCAUUCUCUGCUGCUUCAGUGUUGAAUUCACCGAUUCAAGCGCGAGAACACCGCCAGUCAGACGCCCCCAUCACUGCCCCCCGUCUGCAUGAGCGAAUCUGAGACACCACGGCUCCGAUGAUCCAGAUUGACGAUGACUUCGACUUUGACGGGAUGGAAGUGGACUUCUCCGCCACUGCCCCACAGACAACGUCGUCAGCGGCGGCGAGGAAGAAGAAGGGGAAGUCCAAGACGGGCAAGGCGCAGAAGAAGGGCGUAAAGAGGGCCGCUGGGGCCUCCCUGGGACAGUUUCUGGCCGGAAGGGGGGAAGAUCUAUACGCCUUUGACGUCGACUUCACGCCUGCACGUAGGGGACAGGAGAGAGACAGAGACAGACAGACAGACGGACAGGCAACUCGCGUGUCUCGUGUGUGGCACAGGAGCGUUCAAAUAUGAGGGAGAGACAUCCAACACAGAGGCUUCACAGAGAGCAGCGGACAAAAGGGCACAGCGCACGGCCGCACCAGCACAGGCCACACGAGAGCGCGAGAGAAGACCUCAGCCGAAACGUAAGUAUACCAACUCACACAGACGCGCAUUAUCCAUAUGCUUCCUCCACGCCUGUCCCUCCGCAGAGCGUCCUGCCACCGGUCCUGGUCCGAACUACAGCUUCGAGCACUUCUUGGACGAGCCUGACACCGAUGAAGAGCCAUCGCCCCUACCGCCACCAAGACCUCAGCCGCCCCAAAGCGUCACCCCUCCCCCGAUGCCAAUCGCGUCAGAGAGAGACGCUUCGUCGCCGAGUCGUCCGCCUUGGUCGGCUUCGACCACGCUUGUCGACCCCAUGAGCCGAUCGAGAGACAUGCGGAUGACCGCCGCCACACCCGUGGUGGGAGUUUUUACUUUCGCUGUCCUUGUGCGUUCGAGGAGAACCGAUGUGUUGUUUGCGUGCAGUCGGCAGGGCAUGAGAUGUUUGGUCGGGUGGGUCGUUUGGGUGACCUCCAGGACAUCCUCGCAAUGGAAGUGCCGCAAGAGGACACGAGCAAGACGCAGGCUGGCGCUGUCGAGCAGCGAGGAGUGCAGGCAAUGGCCUUUUCGUUCAGCGACAAGGAUGACAAGAAGGUGACUAGGGCUCGAACGCGCCAGUCAGCGAUGUGUACGAUCACUAUGUCUGCGUGUUGUGACGGUUUCAAGGCUUUCUCUGAGUCGUUUGGUCGGAUUGGGAAUAUUGCUGACUUGGCCCUGAUUACGGAGGAGUCGAUACAAGAGGUAUGUAGGACAAACGACAUACGCCGCAACGCACCUGGCCGUCCACAUUGCGCUUUGUGUGUCCCCGAAAGAUUGUGGAGGCCCCCGAUCAUCCAGAGGCAGCGCCGCAGCCAAAGGGGGUCAGACACACAGCUUGUGCACGUGCACAUAUAUCGAUGGAUGGAUGGCGGCAUUUGUAUCAUUCGAUGGAUGCAUCAGAUGACCCGCUCCAAGUCCCGUAUCAGUCUGACCGAGCCCCCUUUCAAGCUGGAGAAGCGACUGAGCAGAGCACCGUCAAUCACCACAUCCAUGUAUGUGUGACAACAGAACCCUGUAAGCUCAUGUCUCGUGCGCGAUUGUCUUGUCAUCUCAGCGCGUAUUCCGAUGAUUUCGAGCUCUACGACGCCUCCCGGUCGCCAUCCAAUGCCCACAGCCGCCCUCUCACCCCACACAGGCCGCCCUCGCACAGACAAACCUUCACCACAUCUCCCCCGCCCCCACAGCCGCAGCAGCCUCUACCAGAGAGGCCCCCGACCCCUAACUCAGUUCGAUUCGCCGAGAAGCAACAGAGAGACAGAGACAAGGAGGGAACAACGCCCCUGGUGAGUCAGCGGAGCGACUCUCUCAGCCGUGCUGGCAACAGGGGCUCUGUUGAGUGGGAAGGCGGCCCCACGGCCAGGCAGAGGACAGUCGGUGUGCAGAAGCGGGUCAGCAAGACCGUGGGGGUGCAGUGCAAUGACCUCCCCAUGCCCCAUAUGAUGCAUGAAGGUCGGAACACACAAAUGCCAUCACACGAAAAGGUCGGUGUGUACAUUGCGAUCUGCCUAUGUGGACAUCAGAUCCCUUCUCUGCUUAUCGCUCGACCUUUCCUCAUUCUGGCUUUCCUUCUCCUUUCCUCCCCCCUCCUUACAUGUACUUCCCGCCGCCACCUGCGCCCUAUUUCAUGCCGCCUCUGUUCGCUCCUGCCUCAUCACACCCCGCAGACCGCAUCUUCCAUCUCCCGCGGCCCCCCACGGACCUCGUCAGACAGGCUAGAAAAAAGCAGCAGGGUAUGGAGAAGGCGAGACGAAGAGAAAAUGCAGCGGAAAGGGGAAGACAGAUGGACGCGGCGAGAGACUCUGGGAUGGGGCCGGGCAAGUCGGAUGAUCGUGCUGCUGCUGGAACUUCUGAUGAUUCGAGUGAGGUGCCACCCCCACAACAGCCAAGAGUAGCGUGGGAGUCACCCAGGUGAGCCACUCGGUCGGAUCGAGGCGCACUUAUGGUUACAGGCUAUGUGUGCGUGUGUGUGUGUGUGUGUCUGUGUGUGUGUGUGUGUCAUAUGCUACAGCAGGAUGAUGUAUGACAACAGUAUGCGGAUUCUCGAAGAAGCCUUCAGAGCACAAGUAAAGAACCUCAGGACACGACACAUGUAUGUCUUUGGACACACAUCCAUUUCUGUCUCUUGCUUCAUUUAUCAGAUGUCCUCCCUGCGUGACGUGAUGGUUCGCCACAAUGCCUUGCUGGACGAGGCGAGGCAGCUGCAGCAGGAGGCGUACAGAAGGCGGGCAGCGAGGGGAGGCAGAUAA